AUGAUAAUAUCGUUCCAGUUAGAUGUCCCAGCAACAUCAAAUGUUGGACAGGACACGACAAUGGCAAGGCAUAGUCUUGCACAACUUCCCAAUGAAGAAUCAACAAACUCCGCUCAACACUUGAAGCUUUGUUUCAAUGGUUCAUCACUCCGAAAAGCGCAAUCAAAAGGUUACGUUACAUUCUCGCUAACAGAUGGCCCCGAAUAUCACAUUUCACAGGUUGCUAAUGCGGUGCUAGUUGCUAAACAUCUUGGUGCAACUCUUGUGCUGCCAGAUAUCAUUGGGAGCGAAGGCGAAAAAAGGGGUUUUGAAGAAAUUUACGAUGCGGAGAGAUUCAUGUCAAGCAUGAGUGGUGUGGUUCAAGUAGAAAGGCGUAAUCAUCCCGACUCGUUUAUGCAAAGGCUCGUUAGUGUAAAAGUUCCCUACAAUGCGAACCCGGGCUACAUCAUGACACAUGUUGACCCUCUAUUUCGAGCAACACGAAAUGUGCGGGUUAUUACCUAUUUUCCAUCGGUAACCAUGCAAGCAGGGAGAGUCGAUAAAGAUAUGAGCCCGUAUUCGUGUUGGGCUACUUUUGAGGCUCUUCGUCUCAAGCCUGAAUUGCAAGAAGUAGUGAACUCCAUUGUCGGGAGGCUAAAAAGCCAUGGACCAGAUCGCCAAUUCGUUGCGGUCGACUACAAGGGUGAGAUGUUGGGGACGAGUACUUGUCGAAGCAAUGCAAACAAAGGGAUGAAAAAUUGCUACAAUCCAGUCGAAAUUGCACAGUUUUUUCAAAGAAUCGGUUACCCGCAAUAUUCGACAAUUUACGUGACACAGUCAGAACCCGGUCAUAGCCUACGCUCGUUAAAAGACUUGUACCCGAACACACUAACGAAGGAAGAUAUAAUGCAAGAAGCCGAGAAGGGGGGACUCCUCAAGUCUAAAUUGGAACAAGAGCUCAUCGACUUCCACUUAUGUUCGGUUAGUGACGUAUUCGUGCCGGCAAAGUCGGGUCUUUUUUAUGCAAACGUGGUCGGAAACAGAAUUGCUUCCGGCAAAACGGACAUUCUUGUGCCAGCACAGAUAACAUCAAACUUAGCACAAGAUCAUGUUUCGUCUUACAUAUCGAAAAGGAGCCACCCGGCGUAUGCUUGUUUCUGCCAGUAAACACAAAAACUAAGUUUGUAUGGAAACUAAAAUAAGUCGACUCUAAGUCGCGUGUGUUGGACAUCAGAAGUUUAAUCAAAGUGUCGUUUUUUAUGUCAUAUGUAUACUUUCGAAGGUGUUUAAUAGAAUCUAGAUUACG